AUGCCGCCUCGGGAGCAACAGAAGCUGUGGGACCUCGUGUGCUCGAAGCGCUGGCAGGUGCCGCUGGAGCAGACCACCUACCUCCUGGGCUGGGUCCUCGGCUACGUGGGCUUCGGCGCCGCUUGCGACAGGUUUGGUCGCCGGGCAGCUUUCAUCUCCCCGCUGAUGCUGUCUGUACCGCUGGGCGUUGCUGUGGCGCUGGCAGUGAACUACAUCAUGCUGGCGCUCCUGCGGCUGUUCUUUGGGGCGAUGUUGGCGGGCACCUUCCUCUCUCUCUACGUGGCAAGGCUGGAGUUGUGCGACCCUCCCCAUCGGCUGGUCGUCACCAUGGGGGCCGGUUUCUGCUGGGUGUUCGGGGAGCUGCUCUUGCCAGGGCUGGCGGCGGCCUGCAAGGAGUGGCGGGUCCUACAGGGGGCGAUAACCCUGGGGCUGGCGCUGCCGGCUCUCUGCUACUGGUGUCCUUCCCUGUUCCCCGAGUCGGCCCGCUGGCUCCUGGCCACCUGCCAGCUGGAGAAAGGCCGGAGGGCUCUGCGCAGCCUGGCGGAGGGCAACGGCCUGUCCCUGGAGGAGGACUUCUACACUGCGGAGCACCUCUUGGCCGAGCGGCUGAGUCUGUCUGAAGAGCUGCCCCAGCCCCGGUUCCACCACAUCUGGGAGAUCUUCUGCACCCGCGUCAUCUGGAAGAACAGCCUCAUCCUUGGCUUCGCGGCCUUCAUUGGGAGCGGGAUCCGCCACUGCUUCACCCGCAACCUGGCCCCUUACCCCCCGCACUUCUAUCUCCCCUACUUCUUGGUGGCCGGUGGGGAGGCGGUGGCUCUCCUCUUCCUCUGCCUGACUGUGGACCGUUUCGGGCGCCGGCCCGUCCUCCUGCUGAGCACCAUCCUGAUGGGCAUCUCUGCGCUGCUCCUGCUGGCCCUGACUCCGUACCUGAUGGCCUGGCUCAUCCUGGCUCUCUCCGUCCUGGGCAUCCUUGCAUCCCAAGCCGUCACGGCCCUCAGCAUCUUCUUUGCCAGCGAAGUCCUGCCCACCGUGGUCAGGGGUGCCGGGCUGGGCCUCAUCCUGGCCGCCAGCGCAGUGGGCUUGGCCGCCAGCCCCAUCCUGGACAUCCACCACAGCCGGGGCUUCUUCCUGCACCACGUGGUCUUUGCCUCCUUUGCCAUCCUGUCGGUGCUGAGCAUCAUGCUGCUCCCGGAGACCAGCGGCAGGCCCCUGCCGGACUCCAUGCGCGAAGGGGAGAGCCAGCGCCGGCCCCCCCUCUUCCGCUCCACCCGAGGCCGCCGCAGGGACCACCUGCCCCUCCUCUCCCCCCAGCCCGGGGGCGGGGCCUACGAUCCGGCCAGCUACGCGCGACUCGUCGCAGCCACCAAGAAGAUGCUGGGAGCUCACAGCCGUUCGGAGGCCCAGCUGCGGAUGGAGCUGCUCCCGGAGCCCCACGACAGCCCAGCGGAGGGGAUGUAG